UUUCAGCAGAAAAACUGACAACUUCCUUCACGUUGGCGUGAUUUUAAAGGUUGCUAGGUGGUGUCGGUCUUCGUAAACCAACAGUACCGGAUCCGAACCGAGCCUGCGGGAUGGCUGGCUUGUCUUUAACUGUCAGCUGUUGUUUGGAGCGCAGGUUGAGUUCAGCAGCAGCCAGGACGAUCCGUGCAAAAGGUUUCGGUCCCUGCAGUUUGAGUCCAGUUGAAAGUUCAGGAUCUUUGUUCAGACAGGAGUCGUUUCUCCAGAGGAUAAUAAUCCGAGGGCUGUUUGGUGGUGAAUCCGUUCAGACUCUGCAGGAUGUCGCCGAAAGCACAGAGCGGCGCUGCAAAAGUGUGGUGGUGAUGGCUGGAGCCGGGAUCAGCACGCCGAGCGGCAUCCCAGACUUCAGGUCUCCAGGCAGUGGCCUGUAUGACAACCUGCAGCAGUACGACCUGUCGUACGCCGAGGCCAUCUUCGAGAUCGGAUUCUUCCAUCGAAACCCAAAUCCCUUCUUCGCCCUGGCCAAAGAGCUGUACCCGGGUAACUACCAGCCCAACCUGACCCACUACUUUGUCCGUCUGCUUCACCAGAAGGGCCAGCUGCUGCGGAUGUACACGCAGAACAUCGACGGGCUGGAGAGACUUGCAGGAGUUCCUCCGGAGAUGCUGGUGGAGGCCCACGGCACGUUUGCAACGGCCACCUGCACCUCCUGCCUGCGGAAAUAUGACGGCGAGGAGCUCAGACCAGAGGUGAUGAGCGGGGCCGUCCCUCGCUGUCCCACCUGUAAGGGCGUGGUGAAGCCUGACAUCGUGUUUUUUGGGGAGGAACUUCCUCUGAGUUUCUUCAAGUACCUGACAGAUUUCCCGCUGGCUGACCUGCUGAUCGUCAUGGGAACGUCGCUGGAGGUGGAACCGUUUGCCAGCCUGGCGGGAGCCGUGCGCAGCUCCGUGCCCCGCCUCCUCAUCACGGACCUGGUGGGGCCUUUCGCCUGGGGGCGGCGGCCUCAUGACGUCACUCGGCUGGGUGACGUGGUCAGCGGCGUGAAGGAACUCGUCGACGCUCUGGACUGGGGUCAGGAGCUGGACGCUCUAAUGGCGGCCGGAAGUCAGGAAGUUUGAUGGUUUUCCUGGGUUUCCGGGUUUGUUCAGGUUUGUUGGUUCUUCAGAAGGAACUGAGCAGAACUCGGUUUGAUUGUUUGCUCUCAGUUUUAUGAGAAAUCAAAGUCUGUGAGGUUCAACAGUGAACGACGGCCGCCGUAGAUCAUAGAAAAGGAAGAGAAAAUUUCCGGCAAAAAACUCAAAAAUGUUCAGGUUAAUUUUAGAAACUUUCUAGAAAAAACAUGAAGAUUUCUGAGUUUUAAAAGUCCAACAAUUUGCUUGAAAAAAUCUAAAUUUUUAGAUUAAUCUUCAGAUCUUUGAGGAAAAAAUCCUGGGAAUUCUUGAGUUUAAGUCGCAAAUUUGCAAAAAAAAAAAAAAACCCAAACAAACAGAAGUUUAAUCUCAAAAAAACAUGGAAAUUUCUGAGUUCAAAAGUUGAACAUUUUCCUCUUUUGAAAUUUCAGAUUUUUUGGCUGAAAUUGAACAUUUUUUUCUGUCUCCAAAGGCGCUAAUAUGCUGCUGCGUUCUGGUCUCUAUUUUACGACCUUCACCAUCGUGGUCAGAUGAACAAAUAAGGUUUUACGUCUUGAAUAUUUUAGUCAUGUUUUAAUUUUUAGUUACAUCUAAAAUUUGUUUCAUUUUAUUUGAUGUUUCUUUCUUCUGGUUUCUUUAAACAAGAAACUUUCAGCUCCGCUAACUGAAUAUUUGUUUGUGAUUAUAAAACUGAAAUCAAAAUGUUUCGGCUCCUUCAUCAUGGAGAAUGUUUGCUUUUUUAAACAUUUUGUUAUUUAUUAAGUCAGAUGCAUGUAAUUUUGACAUUUUUAAGCUACUACUGGUUAUUGUUUUGCAAUAUAUGUCAUUGGCUUAAAAGAAUAAAUCUGCCAAUAUCACUGAAUAAAACUUUGAUGCCAUUAAAAUGAA